CUAUGUUGUAUUGUCAGCAGGUGCCAGUGUAAAAUAAAAAUAUUUACAGAUUAUUACAUGCUUUUAUGUUACAGUAUUUUAUUUGUUCUAGUGCCGUACUCAGAACCGUAGCGUGGUGAAAGUGCUGGCAAGAAUUCUUAGGCAAGUAGACAGCAAGAUGUCGACUUCCCUGAAUGACCGGUCUGUGUGGGAUGAAGUAGAAGAUGGCAUUGGUGAAGAGGUACUCAAGAUGUCGACAGAAGAGAUUGUGCAACGUACAAGAUUGUUAGACAGUGAAAUCAAGAUUAUGAAGAGUGAGGUGUUAAGGGUCACACAUGAACUGCAGGCCAUGAAGGAUAAGAUUAAAGAGAACAGCGAGAAGAUAAAAGUGAACAAAACAUUGCCUUACCUGGUUUCCAAUGUCAUUGAGACGUACUUUCUUCCAGUGAUUGGGUUGGUUGAUGCUGAAAAAUUGAAGCCUGGUGAUCUUGUGGGUGUGAAUAAAGAUUCCUAUUUGAUCUUGGAAACUCUACCCACAGAGUAUGAUUCGCGAGUCAAAGCUAUGGAGGUAGAUGAACGCCCAACGGAGCAGUACAGUGAUAUUGGAGGUCUAGACAAACAGAUUCAGGAGCUAGUUGAAGCAAUUGUACUACCGAUGAACCACAAGGAGAAGUUUGAGAACCUAGGGAUUCAGCCUCCAAAGGGGGUCCUGAUGUAUGGGCCUCCUGGAACUGGAAAGACCCUACUUGCUCGAGCAUGCGCUGCCCAGACCAAGGCUACCUUCUUAAAGCUGGCUGGCCCCCAGCUAGUUCAGAUGUUUAUUGGAGAUGGAGCCAAACUUGUCCGAGAUGCCUUUGCUUUAGCCAAAGAGAAAUCCCCAUCUAUCAUUUUUAUUGAUGAACUGGAUGCUAUUGGAACAAAAAGGUUUGACAGUGAAAAGGCUGGUGAUAGAGAGGUGCAGAGGACAAUGUUGGAGUUACUUAACCAACUUGAUGGUUUCCAGCCUAACACUCUUGUUAAGGUUAUUGCUGCCACAAAUCGUGUUGAUAUCUUGGACCCUGCAUUGCUUCGUUCAGGGCGACUUGAUCGCAAGAUUGAAUUCCCAAUGCCAAAUGAGGAGGCCAGAGCCAGAAUAAUGCAGAUCCAUUCUCGUAAAAUGAAUGUUAGCCAAGAUGUAAAUUAUGAAGAGCUGGCUCGCUGUACGGAUGACUUCAAUGGAGCUCAGUGCAAAGCAGUGUGUGUUGAAGCGGGAAUGAUCGCUUUGCGCAGAGGAGCAACAGAGCUGACACAUGAAGAUUACAUGGAAGGAAUCCUUGAAGUGCAAGCAAAAAAGAAAGCAAAUUUACAGUACUAUGCUUAAUCUGUCCUGGAUGUAUAUCUUGAGUGCACACCCAUGCAAAUUGUAUUAUAUCUAGAGACUGCUUGAGAAAUGAUGUUUGGGACCUAGAAUGGGAUGAGCUGCUAGUAAAUAGAGGAUGUCGCUCUUGUUAAAAAAAUAUCAUUUUUUUUGUGCAGUAAGAAUUUUUUUCCUAAUAAAAUAUUAUUUUCAAAAUUCA